AUGAUAGGAAGUCAUGGCAGUACCUCCAAAAUACCCUAUUCUGGCGGUGCCUCGAACCUAGAUAACGAGUGUGGUCUCAAAGCCAGGGUAAAGCGGAAGGCAAAGCACAUUCUGCAUAUCGACUCGUCGUCGGGGGCAGAAGAAGAUGAGGAAUACCAAGCAGCAUUGGAUGAGCUUGAUAACAGCCCAGCUUUCAACACAUCCAAGUUCCUAAAUAGGACCCGGAUUGGGAAUUCGGGUAUCAAGGGUAAGGCUCUUGGCCUCGUCCAAGAGGCUGCAGCUGCUAUCGUCCAUCCUAAAGAAGCAAUCAAAACCCGAGCUACGAAGAAGACAGCCGGCACCCUUGCGAAGAGUCGUCCAUAUCUAUCACGGAAAGCAGAUUUGGAUUUCCUGGAGGCCCACGAUGAUUUGGAGCAAGCGGAAGGCAGAAGGGAUGACAGUGACGAUGAAGGGGCCUUCGACAGAAAGAAUGAAGGCAUCAAUCAAUGCGAGGAGCGUAUCGAAAACAUGGAAACAGCAAGACAGAACAUGAGAGUGGCAUGGAUCACUGCAAGACAUAUUCAGAGGGUACGAGUGGUGGAUGCUAUACCGCCUCUACCAUUCCCUGAUGACAACUUUUUCGAACAAGAGGACGACUGCGGGGUAUUGGAGUUUAAUUGGGGAAAGUGGAUUGCUUAUAAACUGCUACACGGCUCACAUGCAUUUUCGGCGCAAUAUAUUGACGACUUCCAAGAGCUUCCUUUCGAUAUUGAUACCCUUCGCAAGCAUGUUGAACGACUCAUCAUAGUCAGCGCACCCGUGCAGACUUUGCUUUUGGAUAUACGGCGUAUAUAUAGAUGGGAAAAACCUUGGCGAACCGGCAAAAUCAUGGCGUUAUACUUCAUUCUUUGGUACAUGUCGCAUAUUAUGACUUUCUUGUAUGGCUACAUCUUGUACUCGACGAUUAUGAAUUACUACUACCCCCGAUCCUUGGAGGCAUUACGACAAGGUAUAACCAGGAGUCUCGACCGUGGAGCUACCGCAUUCAAAGUCGGUGAGCUCAUGGACAAACAUGGAUCAGAUGACUGGCUUGGUCCGUUGAUGGAAGAACUUGGUGCGUUCAUCCAAGUCCAAAUUGCCGAUCUGGCUUCCUUCUUCGAAGCUACCUACAACUUCUACCAUUUUCGCUCUCCUCCGGCCACAUUUGCAACUCUCUGCCUGAUUGCUUCAUUGUUUCUUGUCAGCGUGCUGACUGAUUCUCGGUUCGCUCUGAGACUCUUCUGGUUCUUCAUUGGCCUCACAUUUUUCAUCUGCUGGCCUAUUUCGUCGCUGUAUCCUCGAUAUCGCUUUCUCGUUUCACCUCUGAAAUGGGCACUGUGGGAAGUUCCUAAUCAUUCGGAAUGGUGUUUUCGAUUUCUACAAGAUCGUGCCGCUGUUGUGCGACAGGCGAUCCUGCGCCAUGAAGCAGGCGACAUCCACGACGAACAACUAUCAUGCGUGCCAGGAACAGGUAGCGAUGCGGAUUCAUUUGCGACGUGCCGAAGUAUAUCACUUGACGAGCAGCGGGACAUUCUGAGCUUCGGUUGCACUUAUUGUCACAUGCCAGGACAGUUCAUCAUUUCCACCCACGGCAUUCGUUUCGCUACUUCUCUCGCUAAAUCUCUUCCGCACGAAAGCUUUGACAAGCCGUUCGCCGAUCUUGUUGAGAUGUCCAAAAGACAAACCCGGUCGUCGGUGCUGAGUCCUUUAGCGAAAGUCACCACAGGCAUGGACAAGCUUGAGUUGAGAUUCAGGGGCAAAGGAGGUGGGGCCGGGAUGCAUGGCAUGGGAGAGCAAGAAGAUGCUGAAAUCGUGCUCCUGGAAAAUAUGCGGAGAAGAGAUAAAGCUUUCAAUGCCGUUGUUGCGUUCAGUGGGGUCCGAUGGCAGCAUCUACAGCAGCGCCCGAGCAAACUGAGGCCAGAAGAAAAGAAAGGGGACAGCCUCACGGACAAGUGA